CUCUAACAGUUUAGGCUGUGUUUCGCUUGUAAACAGAAAUGGGUAGUACCUCAUCAGCACCAGUUGCAGCAGACUCAGGUGCCGGUGUUGCCAUUGUCGCCCAGACCCCUUCUGCUGGUUGUCCAGUUCAACACAGUACACCUGUGCCAUCGGUCAGUGAGUGUCCUGCCCAUCAAGGUGGCAGUGUAAAACUACAAGCUAGCCAAUGUCCUAUCAGCAGAGGAGCUGGCUGUGAUAGUGCUGCUCUUGAUAACAGUUCAGAUGCGUUGGAUCCAAGUAACAUGAUGCCACCACCAAAUCAACAGCCCUCUCCAGGCCAGCCCUUUCCUCUGCCAAUAAAUCGCCAGGUGUCUUCCAUCCCUAGAGGAGGCACUGGCAAGGAUGAGAACUGGGUGUACCCAUCUCAGCAAAUGUUUUGGAAUGCAAUGUUACGCAAGGGUUGGAAAUGGCAGGAGGAUGAAGUACAGGAAAAUGAUAUGGCCAACAUUAUCAGGAUUCAUAAUGCUAACAAUGAGAGUGCAUGGCAGGAAAUACUGAAAUGGGAAGCACUUCAUGCAAAUGAGUGUGGAACACCCAGGCUGCUUAGUUUUAAAGGGAAGGCAAAAGAGUUUUCUCCAAGAGCAAGAAUGCGGAAUUGGCUGGGUUACGAGCUUCCAUUUGAUCGUCACGACUGGGUUGUCGAUCGCUGCGGCCGGGAAGUCCGAUAUAUUAUCGAUUACUACGAUGUAGGUGACGAAGAGGCUUACAAGAGAGGAGAGUUUGUCGCUCUUGAUGUCCGACCAGCUAUGGAUUCUUUCCAAGCGGUUUUAGACCGUGCGAGGAUCGCAGUACUACGAUGGACACUCUAUUUUAGAAGUGGAAAUGACGAAUAAAUGAAGAACAAUUUUAAGGGAUUAGAAGGCUUGGUGCAUGUUGUGCGGAGGGAAACAUGGAUAGAAACGGAAUUGAUUCAGAGGAAUUACAGAUAUUUUUAUAAAAGCUGAGCUCAAAGGAAGGACGCUGAUCUUUAUUUGGAGCUGUAUAUUUAACUGAAUACUGUGACGUAAUUCAAAAUUAGCGAGUGACUAGUGAGUUGUACACUCUACUACUCUUUACUCUUUUGACACAAGGAGUGGACAAAUGUUUUGUUCCACCGCCAGAGUUCGUCUUCAUUUUGAAUUUUACUAGAUCGUGUCAUAAUUUAUUGUACAUAUACAUGUCUAUGAACUGGUAGUUGAAUAAAGUUUUAAGAUUUAUAAUUUGAAGAAA